AUUCGCAUUCAACUUCACAUUGCUUGAAAAUUGGCUGAUGUGCGGGCGAGUGUGACAUAACCUUUCGUUUCAACAAUCCGCAAAGUAAUAAAAGAAUCAGAAUGUCGGCGUGGAGGCAAGCAGGUUUGAACUACAUCAACUACUCACAGAUCGCUGCCAAGCUUGUACGUCAAGCUCUGAAAGCAGAGCUUCGAGUUGAGGCUGCAAAGCGUGAUGAAGUCAAUGUCAAAUUCACCCCGUGGAAGGAUGGAAAGCCAGCCAAUGAAAAGUUUUAAUCAAAGAAUCAAUUAAGGAGGUUUAAAAAUCUGUAGAUGAACCAAUGUCGACAAGUAGAGCUCGCCAGAAUGUUCUGAAAUAUACAAAUUCAACCACUGUUAUGAUUCCAUUUAACUUUUUGUUUUAAAAUAAAUAUGGAAAUUUACACACCAUUUGUACUUUUUUUAGUUACAAGACUCAAAAUCUAUACUUGAAUUAUUAUCUUCCAGCAAUGGGACUUUGGGCUUUACAAUAUACUGUAAAUUAUAUUUACAAAAUUAAUAAAUAUAGUUAAAUU